CCGUAUUCCAGCUCAAGCAUCAUUUUUCUAUAGUGGAAAAUGGAUCCAAGAGAUGGAUUAUGUCUUGCUCACCACCCUCAUCGAGAUGAGGAAUGGCAUUGGAAGGGACGAUGCAGCCUUCCCCAAUUAUAUGAUUAGAUUAUGUGUUAAAUUGAUUAACCGUCGUUUUGGUUGUGAACUUUCAUGCAGCGACGUCAAUACGCGGCUCAUGGUUCUGAAGCAGCGAUAUGAAACGUUCAAGGUGUUGGUCGCCACUCACGGCGUUCGUUGGGAACAGGCCGACAAAAUCGUGGUGGCCAAUGAAGAAGUCUGGAGGGGGGUACUCAUGCUGAAUGCGUUCGCCGGUGCGUACUACCAUCGCGACGAACCACAUUUUAACGAGCUAGCCACUAUAUUCGGUUACAAUGACGUGAAGGUAGAUGAUGCAACCGAGGUGAUAACCAUAUCCGACAACACUGAGAUCGUAGUCAUUACUGACACUGUCGAGCCAAACGCCCCCGUUCGUGGGCGUAUGCAACAAUUGGAUGUGGAUCUUGAUGAGGUCAACUCACCCUCGCCUGGGGCAGCAUGUCGUGUUCGCCGUAAGCUAUUUCAUUUUGAUUCGGUGAAACUAGACCUAGACCACCUAUCAUCCUCAAAUUCGCCUAGCCGCGUCAUACCUGCGAAGAAGCUAACAGUGUCUUCACCCAAAGGUUCCUCGGGGGCUUCUUGCAGCCCGCUCCCAAGGUCUCGCAAGACGUUACCAUAGGUCGUGUCGAUGUAGUUUCAACCGUAUAGUAUGCAUUUUGUCGUAAGUUUAGCAAGGUGAGGUACUUAUGUCGUAAUGUUUUGCUUAAAUUCCUCAUCCUUAGUAGUCGUAUCCUUAAAUUAGUAGGAACUUUAGGGUAGCAAUGUUAU